CCCUCGUACUUGUACUCCAAUCCUGUCUCAGUCUGUUUCUGGCAGAACCCAAAGACGUACGUUGCAUUCCAUCGACAUGGACUUGACCGUGACCUGACCUGGAAAGAAAAUGUGGCUUCUCCCUUAGCUGUUCCUACACUUCAAACACACCUGCUGCACCUGCCGUCCCAGCUCACAGACGGCCCCGUCCCAUCGGCCCAGACUCAGCCGCAGACUCCUCUCCAGGCGGUACUCCAAGUGGGUCGUGCAGCGGGUCAGUGCUGGCCCCCAGACUGGAGCUUCUCUGGGCGAUCUGUUCAAACAUGACUUUGAUAGACAAUAGGGGAGGGAGGGAGCAGAGAAAAGCUUUUUCAGAGGACCGGAGGCUGGGGACUCGGGUGUCACUGGGAGAGAGAAGUGCCUGGGGGACAGUUCUGGUGGCCCGUGUCCAGCCUCCCUCCCCACGCUGGCGCAAUCUCAGGGGCAGCAUCUUGCCGCACAAGGGAGUUCUCGUCUUGAACCAAUGGCAUUUGAACCGAGAGCACGGGAGGAGCUGAGGCCCAGGGGUGCAGGGAGAGCCUCCCCGCUCUGCACCAGCGGCCGGCUAGGGGAUCUGGAGCGUUGUGCAAUGAGCGGAGGCAGGCUGCUGGGAGGAGAGGCCGGAUCCCAGGGCUGAGUGUGCCAGGGCGUGACUGAGCCGGCCCUGCAGCCCGCGGGCAGGGCGGUGUCGCCCAGAGAUAAGCCAAGGCCUGGCUGUGAAGUGUUACUCAGGACAACGUUAAAUCACUUCCUCGGAGCGGGCGUGAGGGGUGGCAGGUGGAUGCUGGGUGCUUCCCAGGAGUGCUGAGGGCUCCCCAUCCCCGCUCCGUGGCUCACGAGCCCUGCCAUCAGGAGGAGCUCAGGCGUCGGCCUCCCCACCACGGCCCAGGGACAGGGCAGCAUGAGCCGGUCAAGGCAUGUGGGCAAGAUCCGGAAACGCCUGGAAGAUGUCAAGAGCCAGUGGGUCCGGCCGGCCAGGGCUGACUUCAGCGACAAUGAGAGUGCCCGGCUGGCCACAGACGCCCUCCUGGAUGGGGGUCCCGAGGCCUACUGGCAGGCACUUGGCCAGGAAGGUGAGGUAGACUUCUUGUCCUCGGUGGAGGCCCAGUACAUCCAGGCCCAGGCCAAGCAGCCUCCUUGUGCCCCGGAGCCCCCUGGAGGGGCAGAGGCGGGUCCCAAGGGACUCGACUCCUGCUCCCUGCAGUCCGGUACCUACUUCCCCGUGGCCUCCGAGGGCAGCGAGCCGACCCUGUUGCACAGCUGGACCUCAGCCCAGAAGCCCUACCUGAAGGAAAAGUCCAGCGCCACCGUGUAUUUCCAGACGGACAAGCACAACAACAUCAGAGACCUCAUUCGCCGCUGCAUCACCCGGACCAGCCAGGUCUUGGCCAUCCUGAUGGAUGUGUUCACGGAUGUGGAGAUCUUCUGUGACAUUCUAGAGGCUGCAAACAAGCGCGGGGUGUUUGUCUGUGUGCUGCUGGACCAGGGAGGUGUAAAGCUCUUCCAAGAGAUGUGUGACAAAGUCCAGAUCUCUGACAGCCACCUCAAGAACAUUUCCAUCCGGAGUGUGGAAGGAGAGGUAUACUGUGCCAAAUCAGGCCGGAAGUUCGCUGGCCAAAUCCAGGAGAAGUUUAUCAUCUCGGACUGGAGAUACGUGCUGUCUGGAUCGUACAGCCGUGCAGCACCGGAGCUGAAUGCAGUAUGGUCCGUCUGCAGGGGGAUGUGGUUGUUUCAUGGCUUCUAUACCGGGAAGGGCUCUGACGAGAGGCAGUCCUCAAGGACCACCUCCAGCAUCCGGGGGUCACUGAGCCCCAAGGGCAUUUCUACCCACAGCUUCUUUCCGCGGCGUUGUGCAAAAGGAAGGCCACCUGCUUCUGAUUCUUGGGCCCUGCAUCCAGCACUCGGUUGUUCCCUAAGAGGCUGAGGUGGGGCUGAGCUACCCUCCCCAAGUGGCCAAAACCAGCUUCGCAGCUUUUGUCCAUCAAGGCAUAAAGCUCUGGCUGGUACCCAGUCUGGCCUCACACCCCACAUCAGGACUUGAGGCUUCUGACCUUGGCCUCUGACCUUGACCAAGCUGCCACUAGACCUGUUUUGCCACCUGGAUGGGAAGGGUCAGAUCUCUAUCUGGGCAGCUGCCCCAGACCCAAGGAGCCAAGCCUGGAAGCAGGGGCCCACCAUAGCUGAGGAGUUUUCUCUCUCUCUCUCUCCCUCCCUCCCUCUUUUUUUUUUUUUUUUUUUUUUUACAGGGAAAUUCACAUAACAUAAAAUUAGCCACUUUAAAUGUGUAAUUCAGUGGCAUUUAGUACAUUCACUGUGUGUGCAACCAUUACCAUUGUCUAGUUCCAAAAUAUUGUUAUCACCUCCAGAAAAAACCCAUACCCACUAUAUAGGGAGGAAAAACUUCUUUUUCCUAUUACCCUUCUAGGUUUUUUUGCCUGAGGCCUGUAAAUUAAACAAGAUAAGGUAAUAAGAGAAAAGCAUAUGGAUUGUUUAUAAGUUUUAUGUGGCAUAUGUAGCCUCCAUAAAGAAAUGAUCCUAAGA